AUGCCUCAAAAGACCACCGAGCCACGCGACGAUCACAUCCUCUGGGAGUGCAAACGCCUGAAAGACGCAACUUCGACGACCUGCUGCGGCAAGUUCAACGGCAUGAGGGACGAAAAGUGCGGGUGGUGCAAGACCAACCGCGACGUUGGGUCCAUGGCAGUCGACAGAACCCGCAAAACUAUCGGAAAACUCGUCGAGAAGAAUGCAGACGGUCUUGACGUUUGGAAAUAUGACGAUGAUGCGCCUUCUACCAAGUUGUAA